CGUGUUGAAAGGAUUACAAAACAGUUGAAAUUAAAGUUAAUAAUGUUUCUGCUAGCAGCGGCCAUCAUAUUGGCCACCAUUUUGGUGUUCAAGGGUGUAAGGAUAUUCAAUUAUCUGGACCAUAUGGCUGGCAUAAUGGAAAUGAUACCGGGUCCAACGCCUUAUCCGUUCGUCGGCAAUAUCUUUCAGUUUGGACUUAAGCCAGCGGAGUAUCCCAAGAAGAUAUUGCAAUAUUGCCGCAAAUACGAUUUUCAGGGCUACCGCUCAUUGGUAUUUCUGCAGUAUCAUAUAAUGCUGAGUGAUCCGGCGGAAAUACAGAACAUGCUGACGAGCUCCUCGCUGCAGUACAAAGAGCAUUUGUAUUCGUUUCUACGCCCUUGGCUUGGGGAUGGACUGCUAACCAGCUCGGGAGCACGUUGGCUAAAGCAUCAGAAGCUGUACGUGCCCGCCUUUGAGCCAGCCGCCGUUGAGGGUUAUUUGCGUGUGGUACAACGCACAGGAGCGCGCUUAGUGGAAAAGUUGGCCCAGCAGGCUGGCAGCCAGGAGUGCUUUGAUGCCCAAGAGCUGGUGGCAAAAUGCACGCUGGAUAUUGUAUGUGAAAAUUCCACAGGCGUAGCCAGCAAUGCCAUCAAUGACGAGCCCUCCAAUUUACAUAGCGCCAUCAAGGACCUCUGCGAUGUGGUGCAGGAGCGCACAUUUAGCAUUGUAAAGCGUUUCGAUGCACUUUUCCGACUAACUCCCCAUUAUAUGAAGCAGCGACGUGCCCUGAAGCUGCUGCGUAGUGAAAUUCGCCGCACCAUAGCUGAGCGCAAAACUGAGUUGGCUGAGGGUGAACAGCAGCAGCAGCAGCAAAAACCUUUUCUAAAUGUGCUGCUGGCUGCUCAGCUGGAUGGACGUGCGCUAAAGGAACGCGAAAUUGUCGAGGAGCUGUCCACGUUCAUUUUUACAGGUCAUGAUCCAGUAGCUUCCGCACUUAGCUUUACGCUUUAUACGCUCUCUCGACAUGCACAAAUACAACAGUUGGCCUUUGAAGAGCAGCAGCGCAUCUUUGGCAAGCAACUGCAUGCUGAGGCGGACUUGGCACAGCUGAAGCAGAUGUCUUACUUGGAGCUCAUUAUACGCGAAACCUUGCGCCUGUAUCCAUCAGUUCCAAUUAUAGCGCGCACCAAUCGCAAAUCAAUUGACAUUAAUGGCACCAAGGUUGCCAAGCGUACAACAGUCCUAAUGUGUUUGAUUGCCAUGGGCUACAACGAGCGUUACUUUGAGCAGCCCUGCGUCUUCCGUCCGGAGCGCUUCGAGCAGUCCAAUCUGAAUAGUGCGCUCGACACCUACAAGAGCGUGCCCUUUAGUGCUGGUCCCAGACGCUGCAUUGCUGAACAAUUCGCCAUGCAUGAGCUGAAGCUGCUGCUUUCAUUGAUUUUGCGUCGCUUUGAGAUUUUACCUGCAGCUGAUAACUUACCGCCUGGCAUUAAUGAUCAUAGCCGCGUCGAUUGUGUGCCCCAAAGCGAAUACGAUCCUAUACUAAAUAUACGUGUGACGCUCAAAUCCGAAAAUGGCAUACAAAUUAGACUUAGACAGCGCGCCACGUUCUCCAUUUAAACCGCACAAAUUUUAUUUAUUUACAAUAUACGAAAAUAAAUGUACUUAAUAUACCUAGCCCAGUUAAAAAUGC